AUGGCAACCAAAGAAGUUAGCAAUUGUGAUGAUAAGGAUGGUAGCCUGCCAGGUGAUGGAGGAUUGACAGUGAAGCAAUUAUCCUCAUCCUUGAACCAGUCUACCCUGACCAAAUGGCAAGCAGCGGCCGUUCUCCAAUCAUUGUCGCAGCGAGAAGCUAUCCCAAACAACCAAUCCGGCUCAGAACCACUAUCUGAGGCUCAAGAGAAAAUGGAGAGGCCUUCCUCUAGGGAAAAGGCUUCUCCAGUGAAAUCCCUGCCCGCAAAACAACUUCAAUCUUGUGAAAGUCCCAUCAUUCCCAAUAAGUCACACAAACACCCUCUCCUACAGUCCAAGCAACAGCCUGAAAUCCCUUUCCGCCAGCAGCCACAGCCAAAUGUCUUCACCCCCAACUAUGAUGAUGGAACUCACCACAUCUGGGCCGGUGCCAAAAAACAUACCGCCUAUGACUUUGACUCGCCCGUGGCCUCAAUGUCAGUGCUAAACACCAAUAACCCUACUCACUUGAAUCAUGGACAAUGGCAAGCACUCAUAGCCUUGCAUAUGACCCUCCUCCAUGAACAUCAUGAUUUCUUCCUUGCAUCACAGCACCCCUCUGCAAGCCCUGGCCUUCAGAAAUUGGCCAGUCAUUAUUCAAUGCCUGCCCGGAUGUGGCAGCAUGGAAUCCACUUGUUCCUGGAACUUUUGCGCCAUACACUCCCUGAGGCAUUAGAUCAUAUGCUGACCUUUGUAUUGACUGCAUAUUCCAUGAUGACCCUGUUGCUUGAGAGUGUACCCAGCUUUGAAAACACCUGGAUUGAAUGCUUGGGGGAUUUGGCCCAGUACAGGAUGGCUGUGGAAGAGUCUGACUUUUGUGACAGGGAGAUGUGGACUGAUGUGGCAAGAUACUGGUACAACAAAGCUGCAGACAAGUCUCCCCAGGCUGGGAGAAUUCAGCAUCAUCUUGCUGUCCUUGCCAGGCCCAAUAUUCUUCAGCAGCUGUUCUUCUACUCCAAAUCCCUGGUUUGUGUUCAGCCAUUCCCUAAUACUAAAGAAUCCAUUAUGCUGCUUUUCAACUCCCUCUUGGACCAGAAGGAGUUAGCCCUAGCUCACUGUUCCCCUACAAUGUUACCUUUUGUGAAAGCUCAUGGAACUCUUUUCACCAAACAGUCAAUACUCGCCUUCCUUGAGUAUGGACUUGAGUACAUGUCAUACCUGAAGACCCAAGUUGAUCACAUCAGAUCCAAAUGGAGAGAACAGGAAGUCUACAUUGCCUCUGCAAAUUUUGCCUGUCUUCUUGAGUAUGAUGCUAGCUCACAUCUCAGCAAACUGUUCCAGAAGGCCAUUGAGUCCCCUGUCAGUAUCUCUCAUGUCAAAGCUUCCUAUCAGUCUCUUGCCCCUUGCCAGCUGUAUUUGCGCCCUGUUUCUGAUGUUUCCUUUCAAACCUCUGCUGAAAUUAUUUCCUAUACCUCCUGUUUUACCUUCCAUAUUCUCUCUCGCGUUCUGAAACAUAUUGGUGAUAAAAAUGUUUUACCUCAUGUACAUGUGUCUUUGGCCUUUCUUUGAUCUGUCUCAUUGGUUCCAGAAGCCAUGUCCUACAUCCAGUCUGAAGUGCCAUGGGAGAGUUUGGUCACUUUCCUAAACACACUAAACAGACAGGUCCUGAAUGAAUCUCAGCUGAAAAAUGAACAUUUUCCUAUGCCAGAAAGUGGCACAAAGCACCAUUUGCCUGAAGAUUUUUCAAUGCAUGGAUUGGUGUGGAGUCAAUUGUACUACCCUGCUGAUUUCUUUAACUACCCCUUUCUUGAAGAUGAGAAGGGAAGGUCUUUGGAACUCCCUAGUGUCACAGUGUCUUGGUUGGAAUGAUGUCUUUGGCUGGGACACCGCCUUGCAUCUCUGGACCUCUGGAUUUCAUUUAAUGAGAAGCCGAAGAAAUUUGUCGUCACAGACUAUGGCAAGCAAAUUGAGGGCAAGGCUAGAAGGGUAACCCUCUUUAAUGAUGCAGCAUGCUUCUUUGAGGAAAGAGACUAUGUCAAGACAUCAUCAGAAGAUGAGCAUGAUUUACAGAUGGCAGACACUCAACCUGUACAGGCUGUUGAUACUCAGUCAAAAUGAUGUGGAAGCAGCAAAGUGAGCUGCUUUUUUCUGAAUCUUGAUGAAAAAUUGGGGAAGGCCAUUUUUAAUU